AUGACGUGCAUGAUCAACUCUACAGCGAUCGCUCUCGAAGAGGGAGCGGGAGCCAGUGAUCCAAUAAGCAAUGCCACUGAGGUAUUCAAAGACGUUACCGAUGCUAGUGGUGCUUGUUCGACUUUUAAAGGAACUCGAACUGUGCUCGACUAUGGAGGCUCGCUUGUCUGGAAUCAUGCUGCUCAAAAUCUGUUAUUCUCCGCUUCGUUUUGGGGUGGAAUCGUCACUAUUAUUCCGUCGAUCUACUUCGUACAAAAAAUGGACAAGAAACUCGUCUUUAUGCUCUGUGUAGCCAACAAGGCACUGGUGAACCUGCUCAUUCCAUACCUUGCCAUUAAUUACGGAAUCUAUGCUGUUUUUGCUGCACGAUUCCUACUUGGAGCAGGAGAGUCCUUCAUCUAUCCAUGUAUCAACACAAUCGUGACGAAUUGGUUUCCAUUGGACGAACGAAGUACAGCAGUAUCCCUGUUCACUACAGGUAACCAGGUAGCUCUUUUCAUUGGUAAUCCCCUUGCUGCCAGACUCUGCGAUUCAAGUCUCGGAUGGCCGGCCGUUUACUAUUUUUCUGCGGCCAUGGGAGCCAUGUGGUGCAUAGCUUGGAUGUUGCUCAGUUCUAGCACCCCAGACGAGUGCCGAUUUAUGAAGAUGGACGAGCGACUUUUUCUCAAGAGAACGGCUGUGGUUAAACGGCAGAACAGCCAUGCUAGGUCGCCACCAGUACCCUGGUCGAAGAUAUUCACAAACAAAGCAUUCUUAGCUCACCUAGUUGCGACUUGGAUUUUGACUAAUGUGGCCACUGUAAUGAUGGUAUAUCUUCCCACAUACUUCAAGGAUGUUCUCUUGCUAGGAGUGAUCAUGAACGGAACUUUUACAUCUGUACCUAUGAUUUUCAACUUUUCGUUCAAACUCUCCUGGGGAGUUCUGGUGGAUAAGUUAAAGGAAAAGAAGAUUAUGUCUCCGACUGCUGGUGUGAAGAUAUCCCAGUGCUUCCCUACGUUUGGUGUGGCUCUUGGUCUGAUACCAGUGGUUUUAUUUGCUUCCUGCCAGUGGAAGUUCCUUGCCCUGAUACUAUUCUGCUUCACCAAUAUGUGCUUAGGAGCUCAUACUAGUGGUGCCUACACUUCAUUGUUGUCACUCGCACCUCAGUUUACUCCAACAUUAUCCUCAAUCAGUGUUAGUACAUCUAUGCUGGCCCAGCUUACGACGCCAUUCAUGGUGGCCAUCAUAAACAAAACGGGUAGCAUGCAAGAAUGGAAUACCCUAUUUCUGGUCACUGCACUGAUGUGCGUUUUUUCCGGAGCAAUUUUCCUCAUGUUUGGAUCAGGUGAUAUCCAAGAAUUUGCAAAGACAAAAACCGACGACAAGGAGGCUGCUCUGAAUGGCAAUUUGCUCUCUCCCUAUAGCGCCAGUAUGGCCAGAGCUGAUUCAGUGUCCAUGUUGUAGUAUUCUUUCAUUCUGUUG